UUUCUCUUUUCUCUCUCCUCUUAAUUUUUUCCCUUCUCUCUCUCUCUCUCUCUCUCUCUUAAAACAAAUUUCAGAAAAAAGAAAAGAAAAGAAAAGAAAAAACAACAACAACACUGUUAGUGCUCUGCAGCGCUGUUGUGAUGAGGAUGAUUAUACCUUCUUCUUCUUCUUCUUCUUCUUCUUCUACUUCUACUUCUCCUUCUUCAACUUUUUUUUUUAUCCCUUAAAUUUCCAUUUUUUUAUAUAAAAAAACACACAUCAAAAUCCUCCAUAGCACUAACUCGUAGGAAUUCACUUUCUGACUUCCAUUUUUUUUCCAGCUGUCUUCUCCUUCUCUCUCUCUCUCUCUUCCUUUUUAAUUAUGGCUUCCUUUUAAAUUCCUUCCUCCCCAUUUCUCCAUUCUUCUCCCUUUAAUUUCAUGGAGUUUCAAUCCUCUCAAUUUUCAUAAUUUCCUUGUUUUAUUAUAAUUAUUAAUUACUAUAUAUAUCCUAUAUUCCUCGUCGGAGGCCGGAGUUUUCUUUCAUCACAUAUAUGGAACCACCCGCUCCUGGAUCUGGAUUACCUGAUCCAUCUCAAUUAUUUAGAGUAGUUUCCACACCACCACCACCGCCGUCUUUAACUGUUGAUACCACUAUAAGUGAUUCUCAACAAGUCGAAGCUGCUUCUCCCAUUAGUAGCCGACCUCCUGCUGUACCAUCUUCUUACGAGGAGCUCAUUCGUCUCGGCGGCGGCGGUGGUGCUGGUCAUAUGGUGGUCGACGACGAUGAAGCUGACGGCCGUAGCGGCGGCGGAAGUGGAGGAAGUGGUGGAAAUCGGUGGCCGCGUCAGGAAACACUUGCUUUGCUUAAAAUUAGGUCGGAGAUGGAUUCGGUAUUUCGUGAUGCUACACUUAAAGGUCCCCUUUGGGAUGAAGUCUCCAGGAAGCUGGAGGAAAUGGGGUACAAGAGAAAUGCGAAGAAAUGUAAAGAGAAAUUCGAGAAUGUUCAGAAAUAUUACAAACGCACAAAAGAAGGAAGAGGAGGGCGUCAAGAUGGGAAGACUUACAAAUUCUUUACGCAACUUGAGGCUCUUCACAACGCAAACGUGGCGCCUUCUUCUUCUAAUUCAUCCUUCACACUGCCACAGCCGCUUCCUGCAGCAGCAACAACCACAACCCCCGUUGGCUUUGGGAUUAGCAACCCAACUCCAAUCUCAUCCGUCAAAAUUUCAUCAUCUUCUUCACAAACCCCAAUGGGAAUCUUUUCUACACCAUCAGAUCAUUUCACUGUCCGACCACCACCCGCCGUCGCUGCUCCUAUGGGUGUUAGCUUUUCGUCGAACACCUCAUCUGCAUCCACUGAAGAUGAUGAUGAUGAUGAUGAAGAUGAGGAGAUGGGGUUUGAUGUUGACCUUGAAGGGGAGCCGGAGAAUGUAGCCGGAAGUAGUAGGAAACGGCGGAGAGGGGUGGUUAAAGGGAAUAAUGAUGAAUGGAGAAGUAGUAGUAGUAGUAGUGAUCAUAAGAUGAUGAUGGAGUUUUUUGAGGGUUUGAUGAAACAAGUGAUGGAGAAACAAGAAGUUAUGCAACAGAAGUUUUUGGAAGCGAUUGAGAAAAGGGAACAAGAUAGGAUGGUUAGAGAAGAGAAUUGGAAAAAAGAAGAGAUGUUUAGGUUGAGUCAAGAACAAGAAAGAAUGGCUCAAGAACGGACAAUUUCUGCUUCUAGAGAUGCUGCCAUUAUUGCUUUUCUUCAGAAAUUUACUGGCCAAACCAUUCAAUUUUCAGCCCCAGCAACAGCCCCACAAGUGCCUGUGCCUGUACCUAUGGCUGUGUCUGUACCUAUGCCUAUGCCUGUGCCAGCGCCACUAUCUCCUGUCUCCUCUCAUCAGCCAAUGCAACCACAAACUCUGCCACACCUUCAGAAUCAGCCGCCUACAAAUACAAUCCCAUUGGAACAACCAAAACCAAAACUUCAGGAAAUUAUUCAAGGGGGAGAUGGAUCUUCAGAACCCAUUUCAUCAAGAUGGCCAAAGCAAGAAGUUUUAGCUCUAAUAAAGCUGAGAGGUGGGCUUGAAUCAAAGUAUCAAGAAACAGGUCCAAAGGGUCCUCUGUGGGAAGAGAUUUCAGCUGGAAUGAUAAAGAUGGGUUACAAGAGAAGUGCUAAAAGAUGCAAAGAGAAAUGGGAAAAUAUCAAUAAGUACUUCAAGAAAGUUAAAGAAAGCAACAAAAAACGCCGCGAGGAUUCUAAAACUUGCCCUUAUUUCAAUGAACUUGAUGCUCUUUAUCGCAAAAAAAUCCUUUCUACUGCUGCUGCUACUGCUACUGCUUCCGAUCAUUCUGGUUCUUUUGAACAAAACCCAAUUCAAAAUAUGGAAAUUAUUCCUCCAUCAACAACGACUACAACAACAGAUCAUCAUCUUCAAUCCCAACCUCAUUCUUCUUCCAUUCCUCAAGGUCUAUCCGCUACUCUUUUUGGUGAAGGAACUGAAGAACAACAACAACAACCAACAUCCACGAAGCCAGAAGACAUUGUGAAUGAGUUGAUGGAGCUGCAGGAGGACGACAUCUAUCGACGUCAUCUCAAUCAAGACGACGGCAAUGACGAAAACAACGACGAUUAUUGCAGUGAUGACGAUGAAGACGACGAAGACGAUUUACCAGAAGAAAAAAGAAACAGUAACAUCGAUUAUAAAAUAGAGUUUCAAAGACGAAACAAUGUAGGAAACUCCAAUGGUGUUGCAAGUGAGUUUCAAUCAAUGGCGGUGGUUCAAUAGUAUCCUUCAUCUUCAAAACACAAUACACCCACAGCUCAAUCUUCUGUUUCAUUUACACCAAAACAACAAAUUCUUAACCCUUUCGCAUUACAGUCCCUCAAGGUACCAUUCCUUCUAUUUUUUACCCCCCAGAAAAAAAAAAGAAAAGAAAAAUUCAUUUCCCAGACACAUCUUAUACUUUCCUCUUCCCUUUCCUUUGUGUUGAUCGAUCAUAUGCAUUUUUCUUUUUAAUUUCUCAAUGACUCUUCAGUUUUUUUUUUCUUCAUUUAUCAUAUAUUAUUCUUCUCAAUUGAUGUAUUAAUUAAUUGUGAGAGAGGAAAAUAAAGAAACUCUUUUGAAGGAAUGAGAUGGGAAAAAAAGAAAAGAAAAGGGAAAUUCUUUGAUAUGUCAUUGAGAUAGUGAUGUUGAAGAUUUGUAUUAUUUCAUUCUUUUGGCUGAAUAAUAACGCUUGUGAUAUGUAGUGUUAUAUUAUAUGUUUA